CAAGCAUAAUUGACAUGACGACCAUGCUUUCGUGUUUACCAUGCGCUGUGUUCGAUAAAUCGGCUCGCCGCUAGAAGGAGGUCUGUUUCAUUCCAAUAUUCGCGUUCAACAGAGAGCAGGAUGAAAUACGCGUCUGUAAAUGCAAAGUGUCCCACGUACACGGAAAAGCACGUUAUAUAUGUUGGAGCUCACACCGGAUCAUUCAAACGAAUCAAUCUAUAUGGCGACGACCCAUUCCAUCAACAAAAUCUUCAACCGAUUGAGGUAUUGAAUAAAACAUCGAAGAUUACAUGCAUGGAAUUCGGUAAUGCCGAACGAACAGAGUUGCUCAUCGGACGCGCGAAUCGUUGUGUAAAAGUUUUCAAUUGCGCAAAAGAGGAAAGCGUAUCUAACUUUGAGGUUGGCACCGAUGAAAUAGUAGGUUUAGCGCGAAGCAAUGGAUGCAUUGUCGUGGGAUGCGCUGAUGGCACAGUGCAAAUUGUUAAAUACCCCGAACCAGUUAAGUUCAGUGUCGGCGAAAAUCUCUCCCGGUUACGCCUCUGCCCAGACGAUGAGAACCUCAUGGUGACUGGGGGGAAAUUUUUGAAACAAAUCAUUAAACUGUGGGACUUGGAGACACAGAAGAUUCUUUUCCAGGCAAAAAAUGUUAAGAAAGUACUAGAAUUAGAGCAAAAAGUUUGGGACAAUGAUGUCGUAUUUGUAAACCGCAAUCUAAUCGCUGCAUGCUCCCGUUACGGAUACGUUCGCUUGUAUGACACAAGAGGACCAACGAGACGACCGGUUCAAGAUUUCACUUCAUCAGACCCAGAUGAUCAGCUCACAUUUUCAUGUUUGGCAUCCCACGGCGAUUAUCUUUAUGCUGGCACGACUACGUUUGGAGCGAGAGCCUUCGAUUUGCGAAAAAUGAAAAAUCAUAUUCAUGUGUACAAAGGAUUCACUGGUACGGUAACAUCUAUCCGGGUUGAUCCGUCCGGAAACCAUGUUUUCACGAGUUGUCUCGAUCGAUAUGUGCGUGUUCAUCAUGCUCAUCGAACAGCUUUAGAGUAUCGUUGCUACGUGAAAUCAAAGCCAACACAGUUAUUGGGCAUUGAAUGGAAAGAACAACUGGAAAUGAGUAAGCAAAAUGCAGGUGAAAAUACCAAUGACGACAUAGUUCAUAUACUAUCUGAUCAAGAAGGAUCGGAUGCAGAAUACGAUCAAAUGUUUUCUAAAAUGGCGACAGUCAACGAACCUAAAACAACAAGGAAACGAAAGAUGGCCAGCGAUGGAGCAGCUUGAACGGUAGCCUUAAAAAUGAAAAAAAAAUCAUCUUACACAAAGCAAUCUGAAAUAAAGCCUGAGGAAAUCAACAGAGAA